AUGCAGCGACGUUUCUAUUUGGAUUACGCACUGUGUGCAAGCGUCCUGUCGCUCAUAGUCAUCUCGGCCCUGCCAUCAGCAUCCGGUUUUGAAUCAUGUUCACCGACCCCGUGCCUAAACGCCGGCGUCUGUGUAACAACACCACGGGGUGAAUCCCAGUGCAACUGCACAUCAAAAUACGUUGGAGAAUACUGCCAGCACUUGAAUCCUUGUCACAAAGGGCCCCGGUGUCAAAACGGUGGCUCCUGCCUAGUGAAAGAAGACCAAUGGGGUGGUACACCAUCAUUCACCUGUGUCUGUCCAGUCGGUUACAGUGCAUCCCUAUGUGAAAUACCAAUAGCAAACGCCUGUGACUCAUUACCCUGUCAAAAUGGUGCAACCUGCCUAUUAAAAUCCCUGUUCGAGUACACCUGCACAUGUGCAACUGGAUUUACCGGUGAACACUGCGAGAGACAGGAUCAUUGUGCCUCCUCGCCAUGCAGAAAUGUUGCGGAAUGUCAGUCGCUUGAUGAUACUUAUAGAUGUACUUGUGCACCUGGUUUCACUGGGCCAAAUUGUGGUGAUGAUAUUAAUGAGUGCGAACGGGAUCCUUGUGUUCACGGUAGCUGUCAUAAUACUCAUGGAUCUUACAAAUGCAUGUGCACAAGCGGAUACACCGGCCAGAACUGCGAGAGCAACUACAUACCCUGUGAUCCGUCGCCAUGUUUGAACGGUGGAUCUUGUAGUCAGUUGUCUCCACUCACGUACGAGUGCCACUGUCCCGAGGGUUUCGAAGGAAAGGACUGCGGUGUGAACUCUGACGACUGUCACGGCAACCUCUGUCAAAAUGGCGCCACAUGUAUGGACAGAAUAAACGAGUACUCCUGCCUGUGUCCACCAGCCUUUACAGGCCCUUACUGCGAGCUAGAUGUUGACGAGUGCUCCCUGAGACCAUCUCUUUGUCACAAUGGUGCAACAUGCACAAACUCACACGGCAGCUACUCCUGCAUAUGCGUAAAUGGCUGGACAGGACCUGACUGCAGUGUCAACAUCGAUGACUGCGCUGGUGCAGCUUGUUUCAAUGGUGCAACUUGUAUCGACAGAGUUGGCAGUUUCUACUGUCAGUGUACCUACGGCAAAACAGGUCUUCUCUGUCAUCUCGAUGAUGCAUGCACGUCUAAUCCGUGUCAUCAGGGUGCAAUAUGCGACACUAGCCCCAUAAAUGGAUCAUUCACGUGCUCCUGUGCCAGUGGUUACAAGGGCCUUGACUGCUCGGAGGACAUUGACGAGUGCGAACAAGGAUCACCUUGUGAGCACGACGGCGACUGCGUUAAUACUCCUGGAUCUUUCGCGUGUAAUUGCACGCAGGGGUUCACUGGGCCUAGAUGCGAGACUAAUGUCAACGAGUGCGAGAGCCAUCCCUGCCAGAAUGACGGGUCCUGUCUUGACGAUCCGGGGACGUUUCGCUGCGUCUGUAUGCCAGGUUACACUGGAACCCAAUGUGAAAUAGACAUCGACGAGUGUGCGGCGAACCCUUGUCUGAACAAUGGCCGCUGCACAGACCUAGUGAAUUCCUUCAAAUGUGAAUGUGCCAAAGGCUUUGCCGGCACGCACUGCCAGAUAAAUAUUGACGACUGUGCAUCAUCUCCGUGCAAGAACGGGGGUGCAUGUCAGGACUCAAUAGCCAAGUACACGUGCGAGUGCCCACCGGGUUUCACUGGUGCCUCGUGCGAGACCAAUAUCAACGACUGCCAGUCCAAUCCCUGUCACAGUGGCACGUGCAUUGACGGCGAGAACUCGUUCACCUGCAGCUGCUUCCCCGGUUUCACGGGGAAACUGUGUCAAACGCAGAUUGACGAGUGCGAGAGCAAUCCCUGCCAGUUUGGGGGACGCUGCGAGGACAGGAUCAAUGGGUAUCAGUGCAUAUGCAGGCCUGGCACCUCCGGGACCAACUGCGAGAUCAAUGUCAAUGAGUGCUACAGCAAUCCGUGCAGGAAUGGCGCACGAUGUGUCGAUGGCAUCAACAGGUACUCCUGCGAAUGCGAGCCAGGCUUCACCGGUCAGCACUGCGAGACCGACAUCAACGAAUGCGCCAGCAGCCCCUGCGCCAACGGAGGUCGCUGCAUCGACCUCAUCAACGACUACCGCUGCGAGUGCCCCCGAGGCUACUACGACGCGCGCUGUCUCAGCGACGUCGACGAGUGCGCCAGCAAUCCCUGCACCAACGGUGGCCGCUGCGAGGACGGCGUCAACCAGUUCAUCUGCCACUGCCUGCCGGGCUACGGCGGCAAACGCUGUGACGUCGACAUCGACGAGUGCGGCUCCAACCCCUGCCAGCACGGAGGCCUCUGCAUAGACCACCUGAACGACUACUCCUGCCAGUGCCUCGCGGGCUACGCCGGCACCAACUGCGAGACCAACAUCGACGACUGCGCCACCAAUCCCUGCCAGAACGGGGGCUCCUGCAUCGACCUCGUCAACGAUUACAAGUGCGUCUGCGAGCUGCCGCACACGGGACGCAACUGCGAGGACAAGCUCGACCCCUGUUCACCCAACAAGUGUCUGCACGGGGCCAAGUGCUCGCCCUCGUCCAACUUCCUGGACUUUGCGUGCACCUGCACUGUCGGCUACACCGGCAGACUCUGCGACGAGGACGUCGACGAGUGCAUAAUGACGUCGCCGUGCAGAAACGGGGCGACAUGCAGAAAUACCAAUGGCUCCUACCACUGCGCCUGUGCCAAGGGCUACGAGGGACGCGACUGCAUCAUAAACACGGACGACUGCGCCUCCUUCCCGUGUCAAAAUGGGGGAACGUGUUUGGACGGCAUUGGGGACUACACGUGCCUCUGCGUCGACGGCUUCAGCGGGAAGCACUGCGGCAUCGACGUCGACGAGUGCCAGUCCGCACCCUGUCAAAACGGCGCCAUCUGCAAUCAGUACGUCAACUCCUACACGUGCCAGUGUCAACUGGGCUUCUCAGGUAUAAACUGUCAAACAAACGACGAGGACUGCACAGAAAGCAGUUGCAUGAACGGUGGCAAGUGCAUCGACGGCAUCAACAACUACACGUGCGUCUGCCAACCGGGCUACACCGGCUCCAACUGUCAAUACCGUAUAAACGAGUGUGACAGUGCGCCCUGCCUGAACGGUGCCACCUGUCACGACGACAUUAAUCAGCAUUACACGUGCCACUGCCCUUACGGCUACACCGGCCAGCGCUGCGACAUAUUCGUCGACUGGUGUGCAGACAAGCCCUGCGAUAAUGGGGCCACCUGCGUGCAGCACAAGAACAAGUACCACUGCAAUUGCUCGCCAGGGUGGACUGGCAAGGUCUGCGACGUGGAAAUGGUGUCCUGCAAGGACGCCGCAAUUCGUAAGAAUGUACCGGAGAAUUAUCUCUGCAAUAAUGGCACUUGCGAGGACAUUGGCAACAGCCAUCGCUGCCACUGCCUCGAGGGCUACACUGGCUCCUACUGUCAGGAGGAGAUUAAUGAGUGCGACUCGGCGCCCUGUCAGAAUGGCGCCGUCUGCAAGGACCUCGUGGGGUCUUAUCAGUGCCAGUGCACCAAGGGCUUUCAGGGCCAGAACUGCGAGCUCAAUGUCGACGACUGCAGGGCCAAUCCCUGCCAGAAUGGCGGCACCUGUCAUGAUCUGAUCAACAACUUUAGCUGCUCAUGCCCACCGGGCACUGUCGGCAUCCUCUGCGAGAUCAAUCCUGACGACUGCGUUCCUGGGGCCUGCCACAACAAUGGCACCUGCACCGAUAAGGUCGCUGGGUUCGAGUGCAAGUGCCCACCGGGGUUCGUUGGACCUCGCUGCGAGGGCGACAUCAACGAGUGCCUCUCCAACCCCUGCGUCGCACCUGGAACUCAGGACUGCGUUCAACUCGUGAAUAACUACCACUGCAACUGCAAACCCGGGUAUAUGGGCCGACACUGCGAGGUCAAGGUCAACUUCUGCGAUAGUUCGCCCUGUCAAAAUGGAGGGGUGUGCACUGCCAAGCAGGCGGGGCACACGUGCCUCUGCCCGAGUGACUACUACGGACACAACUGCGAGUUCGCUGGGUCCUACUGCGACACUGAUCCCUGUCUUCAUGGAGGAACCUGUGGAGUCGCUGCAACGGAGAUGGGCUACAAGUGCUACUGCCCGCCGGGCACAUCCGGCACGCACUGCGAGAUCGACAUAAAGGACGAGUGCGUGAGUAACCCCUGCCAGCAGUCGGACGCGAUCUGCCAGGACCUGGUAGGCGACUACGCCUGCUCGUGCCCGCCAAAGUGGACAGGCAAGAACUGCGAGAUAUACGACAAGAACGGCCGAGGCGGCAUAUUCGGUCGUCCCUCGAACAUAAUUCACCAGCGUGGCGAGAUCGAGCAGGACCUGGAGCGCGAGCGCAAGAAGUGCGUGGAGAAUCGUUGCGAGGAGAAGUCGGGAAACCGUCGCUGCGACGAGGAGUGCAACAAGUACGCCUGCGACUUUGACGGGAACGACUGUUCGUUGGGGAUAAAUCCCUGGAGCAACUGCACAGCGAGAAUAAGAUGCUGGGACGUGUUUAUGAACGGCGUCUGCGACGAGGAGUGCAAUAACGCGCAGUGUCUGUUCGACGGACGUGACUGCGAGAAGAAACUCGAGCGAUGCAAUCCGAUAUACGACGCCUACUGCGGCAAGCACUACGCCAACGGCCACUGCGACUACGGCUGCAACAACGAGGAGUGCAAUUGGGACGGAAUGGACUGCGAGCGUGAGCCCCCAGCGCUGGCAGACGGGGCAAUAAGUUUCCGAAUUCGCAUGGACAUGGCGACAUUCCGAGAGAACGUUGUGGCAUUCCUUCGUCUGAUGGGCCACGACCUGCGAACGACACUGAGAUUAAAGCAGGACGAGCUCGGCAACGACAUGAUAUACCCCUGGAAGGGUGCGAGGGAGCAGAGCAAGCCCUCUAGCUUCUUCGGUCGUCCGCAGACCUACGACAGCCGAAAUGGGGUUCUCGUUUACCUGGAGAUCGACAACAGAAAGUGCGCCGUGACACCGGGGGCCAUUUGCUUCCCAUCGGCGACAGAGGCCGCGGAUUUCCUCGCAGCGACAGCCUCCAAGCACACCCUCUCCGGGGACUUCCCCAUCGAGGAGGUGCGAGGUGUCGUGGGGACACCGGACUACCCGGACUCCCCGACGAACUACAAGUACGUGUUCAUAGGAGUUGUCAUCGUGAUCCUGGGGGGAAUGCUGGUGGGCGUGCUGGUGACAGCCCAGAGGAAGCGCGCUGUGGGUGUCACCUGGUUCCCGGACGGUUUUCUCCGGACAACAGGUGGCAGUGGGAGGGUGAGACGCCAGAGGGGGAUCAACAAGACCCCGAGGCGAGUGCCGGACGGCCAGGAGAUGAGGAAUCUGAAGCUUCAGGGCUCUGUCAAUUGCAUGGACCUCGACGUCGGGAAUGGCCGAGUCCAGUGGUCCGACGACGAGUCUGACCUGCCGCCCUCCAAGAGGAUGAGGGCCAUCGAGCCGGGCUAUGCCAGCGAUCACACAGCAGUGACAGACUACGAGGAGACUGAGCCGAGGAUGUGGACACAGCAGCACUUGGACGCAGCUGAGAUUCGCAGGCCAGAGGCUGGUGUUCUGACGCCCCCGAGUCUCGAGCACGGCCAGGACAUCGACGCCAGGGGCCCCUGCGGCAUGACCCCCCUGAUGGUGGCGGCUGUGAGGGGCGGGGGCCUCGACACUGGGGAGGAGGAGGACGAGUCCGAUGGGACAGCGGCUGUUAUCUCGGAUCUGGUGGCGCAGGGGGCCGAUCUCAACGCCACGACUGAGAAGAGCGGGGAGACAAGCCUUCACCUGGCAGCUCGCUAUGCCAGGGCUGACGCUGCCAAGAGGCUGCUGGACGCUGGGGCUGAGGCCAACUCUCAAGAUAACACUGGGAGGACACCCCUGCACUCGGCAGUGGCUGCUGACGCGAUGGGAGUGUUUCAGAUUCUCCUGAGGAAUCGAGCCACCAAUUUAAACGCCAGAAUGCACGAUGGAACCACUCCCCUGAUCCUCGCUGCCAGGCUUGCUACUGAGGGAAUGGUGGAGGACCUGAUCAAUGCUGAUGCUGACAUUAAUGCCGCUGACAACAGCGGCAAGACCGCCCUCCACUGGGCGUCGGCUGUCAACAAUGUCGAUGCUGUUAAUAUUCUGCUGGUUCACGGGGCCAACAGGGACGCACAGGACGACAAGGACGAGACUCCCCUGUUUCUCGCCGCAAGGGAGGGCUCCUUCGAGGCCUGCAAAGCUCUGUUGGACACAUUUGCCAAUCGCGAGAUAACGGAUCACAUGGACAGACUGCCGAGGGACGUAGCCUCCGAGCGCCUGCACCACGACAUCGUCAGGCUCCUCGACGAGCACGUGCCCAGAUCCCCCCAGAUGGUGUCGGUGAUACCCAAUGGGCCUCUCAUGGGCUCGCCCAAUCAUCCUCAAUUGAUAACACCUCCAACUGUGAUCGGUUCAGCCCCCAAACACACGAAAGCCAAGAAACGCCCCAAGGCCACUGGGCCAUGCAAUCCUAAUAGCCCAGAGUCGGAGGGGGCUGUUGCUGUCAGGCGAAAAGGAUCGGUUAAAAAAUUACCAACAAAACGCGGUGCACAGCCCCCAAACCAGGAGAUCCCUCAGGGAGCGGAGGGAGCAGAGGGCAAUUUACCGAGCCCCUACGACAGCGCAAGUUUGUACAGCAAUGCGCUCCCACUCGUAGGGCACACAACGACAAAACAACCGCCGGCUUACGAGGACUGCAUUAAGGGACAGGGGAUGCAGGGCCUCCAGCAGCUGGGGCUCGACACAUUCACCAAUAAUUAUGGGCUGGGGAAUUUUCAUGAGCAAUUGCUGACACCACAUCAGCGCCAGACGCAGGGAAUUGUGAAUACUCUGUCGCCACCGUACAGUAAUCAGAGCCCACCACACUCGGUGCAGUCCAAUAUGACGCUGUCGCCUCAGGCGAGCUACAUGGGGUCGCCUUCCCCUGCGAAGAGCAGACCGUCACUUCCCACCUCGCCCACACACAUUGCUGCCAUGAGGCAGGCGACGCAUCAGAAGCACGGGGGAAUGCCACCUGUGGGUUUUGAUUUUGAUAAUAUUCCGUAUUCGAGUGGACAACAGCAGAUGCAGGCGCUGCAGCAGGGACAGAUGCAGCAGCCGCAGGGCAGCAAUCAGCAGUACUAUCAGUAUCUGACCCCACCUUCUCAUCAUUCUGGGCCUGAUGUCACGCCACAGCAUCUCAUGCAGGCACCUGAGAGCUUCCCAACACCCUCGCCUGACAGCCCCGGACACUGGUCUUCUAGCUCACCGCAUUCUAAUAGCGAUUGGUCUGAGUGCAUGGCUUCGCCCAAUGCUUAUGGCACUGGGGGACAGCACCAAAGUAGUAAGGGGUCCGAGGCGAUCUAUAUUUGAGCGGGCGGCGGGGGUGAGGGAGUUAGGGAUUUUUUUAUAUUUGGGACGUUGCCGGGCGAGUCAGGCAGCUUCGGUAUUUUUUGGGCUGGAAGGUGCUGCACAGGGGAUUCAAGGGACGGUUAAUUUUAGGGGAACAUGUGUGGGGGAUUUUUAAGAGCUCGAAAGCGGGAGAAUUACAGGAAUGAAUUUAGGGAGGGGGGAAAGGAGUCGAGUCGACUUGGCUGGGUUUUUGAAGAAUAUCUCUGAAUGUAAGGGGGAUACCGGAAUUUUUGUAAAGGGCUUUUUUGUAGAUCUUGAUCGGCUCUACGGAAAAGGUUAUAACAAGAAUUUUGAUAUCUGCCUUUGAUUUCGAGAUAUUCAUUGACGAUUGGCCGAUUGUCAAAAUCGAGUUGAACCGUUCGCUAUUGAAUUAAAUAUACGUCAAGUUUAAUAAUGAAAUUGAUAGGGAUGCAUUAGGGAAUGUAUUCUGAAACUAUGAGGAAAAUUUAGAAUUGUCUAGAAGCAGGAUAACGAGGAAAAUGAACGCAAUAGCGAAGGGGUGAAACCAGUCAAGUCGACUUAGCCGAGUUUUUGGAGGAUAUCUCCGAAUCUAAGGGAGAUAGCGAAAUUUUUGUGAACAUAUUUUUUAUAGCUCUCAAUCCGCUCUACAAAAAAUGUUAUAACAAGAAUUUUGGUAUCUGCCUUCGAUCCCGAGAUAUUCAUCGACAACUGAUCAAUAGUUUGUUUCCCUGCUGAAUUUAUUUUUUGUAUUGCUUCGAAAAAUAUGAAAUUUCGCACAUGCUUUCUCGAUAGAUUCAUUAAUGCAUUGAAAAAUGAGAAACAACUUUUUUCAUUUUUUUUCCAGUAUUGCAGACAUUUGAUAAUCCAUUUUUCGAUUUUUUUUUCUUUUUCAAAUUCAUUUUUCAGCACAAUUUCAAAAUGGGACUAAUUAAUAGCGUUGGUGGCUGAUUUGGCGUGAAAUGUUCCAUAUAUUGAUGUUUCUUUUUUACAAAGACUUUUUAUAUUGAAUCAGAGACACUUCGACGUACUCGGUUAUUGGGGAGUAGUGAACGUAAUGUGGUUAAGAUAUUAUAUUUUUUAUAGUGAAUGAACAUUCGGGGGGUUUUUAUACACCAGUUUUCUUGGGAAUAGCUCAAUCAUUCGAGGUGCCUUCCACUUGCCAUGAGUGAACACCUUUUUCUAGAAUUUUUUUUUCAUGAGUACAGCCUCUGGGAAUGACAGCAGCCUAACUGACAUUGUAAAUAUUCAAUGGAGAUCGAUUAGAUUAGGUGUAAUUUCUAUUUAAUUUAGGUGUAGCACGAUCACGUGUCUCUGAGACAAUUUAAGGGAUCGUUCGAAUAUUCUAAUCACCACUGCCGAGUAUUCCUUAUUAUACUGAUGAUUUAACUUUCAAAUACUCGAGGGAGAGUGGAUUGUGCCUUUGAAUUUAUGUAGGUGAUAGGGGACUUGGGGGACCGGCACAGGGAAUUGGAGGGGUUUCUCGAUGAAUGUUCCAUACAGACAUUCCAAUUCGUUUUAUACACUGUUUGAAAGAAAUGAAAUUUCAGGGACAGUUGGUCUCAAUUUGGAGGGGAAAAUCAGUGAAUUUGAGAUUUUAAUGGAAAUGCCGUGGAAUUCCAACAUUUUUUAGCAGCAGGAAAGAAGAAUAACUCUAUUUGGUUGAAUUUUCAAUUUAUUGAAUAUUUGAGAAUGCAUUUACUUGAAAUUGACAGUUUUCAUUAAUUUUUCUGUAAAUUUUUGGAUCAUCAAUGAUGAAGUUCCUUGAAGUUUCAGUGGAAGUAUGAUGUAGAUUUGAUUUAGCGCGAAAAAAAUUAUGAAAUUUUAGAUUUCAGUGAAAAUUCAAUGAAAUUUCAAACUAUUUGGCAGCAGGACGAUGAGAAUUCUGAGUUUUACGUGAAUUUUCAGUGACAAUAUGAUUAUUCAUUACCAAAUUUCGAGGAAUUUUCAAUAUAUUAAACAUUUAAGAAUAUAUUCACCUGAAAUUUACAAUUUCCAAGACGAAAUUCUUCGAACUUUCAGUAGAACUAUAAUGUGAAUUUGAUUUAGAGCAAAAAAAAAUUAUAAGAUUUCAGAUUUCAGUGAAAAUUCGAUGAAAUUUCAAACUAUUUAGCAGCAGACAGACUAGAAUUCCUGAAAAUACGAUUAUUCAUCCCAAAAUUUUACGGAAUUUCCAAUCAAUCGACCAUUCAAGAAUUCCCCUCAAAUUCCCAAUUUCCCAAAAUUUCGCAAAAAAAUUUUCAACAGUGUAAUUCCUACCUAUUACAUUCCCAAAUCGUCGAUUCCAUUGGAAUAAAAAAAACGAAGAUUAAUCCCAAAUUUCGUGAAUCUAUCGUUAGUUAAUAAAAUAAAUAACUCCUCCCCCUACUAUAAAAACCUUAAAUUCUCUACUAAGCUAAGUGAAAUGUCGACGAGACCCUUGCGAUUCCCUGCCCCGUCCCGCCAAAGCCAAACGAGAGUUGAAGUUGCAAAAAAACAAUUGUAACACUCGAUAAAAACUGACAAGUGGUGUCUUCGCAUAAUUAAUCCUUUUACAUAGAAUUUGUUGCGAGAGAAAAGGUUUUAUCGACGGAUACAGAUCGACUCGCGUCUGCAAUACUAGGAUUUUCGACGGAGAUACGACACGAUUGAGAAUAAUCAAACGGAUUCUGAUUAUUUAACGCAAUGGAUAAAUGUUUAAUUUGUAUAUACUCCUUUGUCUACUCACGCUGUUGUCGAGUAUUGCUUUAUCAUCUUUUCUCUCGAUUUUUGUACAAACUGUUUUUACAUAUUUUUUUUUCUACACCUAUAUAAGCUAGACAUACUGCUAUUCUCCAGAUAAAUGGAAUAAAUCAUAUUUUUCUUUCGUAAUCAUUUGAACGAAUAUCUGAAUAAUCAUGUUUAUCGAUUUAUAUUAAAUUACAAAAUGUUUAACGAUAUAUCGUGUGAUUUUCUGUUGCAUUAAGGAUACUAGAAAUUAUUUUGUAUAUUGUUCUUAAUGCAAUAAUGGUUACACAGCGGUGUGAUGGAGAUCUCUGACUAAAAGACGAUGUUAUUCUGUAAUAAAUGAAAUUCAUUUCAGCUCGUUCAGCUAAUUAAUCAUAAAAGACUGUGAAGAAACAAUGAAAUAUGGAACGUGAGUUCCCCCUCCCCAGUGACAAAUGAUUAGUCUGUAUUCAUAAAUGAGGCCUUACACUCGAGAGAUUAAUUGUUACGUAUUUUACAUACGUACAGUGACGAAAAUAUUUUUUGAAAAAUCAAUGACAAUAAAUUAUGCUCUCUGACGCACCUUCACUCUGUGUUAAAUAAAAUAUAAUUAAAUAAAAUUAGGAUUAAGGUAUGGAGUAGUUCGUGGUUAAUGAUUAAGUUAGAGAUGAUACUUGGAUUAUGAUAGAAUUUGUUAUUCCUUGUAACUUGUAAAAAGUACUGAGUUUUAUUAGUAUAAAACUACACGAUUAAGAAAAACUAAAGAUAUGUUUGAACCUAUCUUCUUUCCCUGUCCCACAAUUGUAUUUCCCAUAUUUUUAUAAAUAAGUUAUGUCUUUUAAACAGAUGUAAUAAUAAAGAUAGUCUAACAUUCAUGAUAAA